CUUUUAUUGCAAUUAUAGAGAUAAAAGCAAGAAAAAUAUAUUUUACCUAAAGGGAAAGCUCGUGGAAAAGCCUCUAAGCAAUUUUUAGUUAUCUUAAAAAAACAACUUGCCGAAGGCUUUCCUCUCAGUAUGCAAAUUAGCACCUCAAAUCUCGUUUGCUUGUGACAUUAGCAGAAGCAAUAACACAGCCCUUUAGCCGCCGAUCUAGAUUCAUUAGCCCCCUCAGGCUACAGACGUUUCUGUGGAGUUCAUUCAGUCUCUUUUUAUUUAUUUAUGUUUUCAAAUUGAUCCAUCGAUAUCCAAACACCGAGUUUUGAAGUAGCUUCUUAAAAACGCUGAACACCGGCGCAAAAUUCGUUUUCACAGUGUAAACGUAGUUAAAUUGAUAAAAAACAUAUCCAUCACCGAAAGUAAUUACUUUAAACUCUUAGAUUUGUUUUAGCAAUAAAGCAGAAAACCUACUCAAUAACAAGUAAUGUUUUCUUAAAGAACAAUGCAAUUGUAUAAUAACACUUUAUUGUGAGCACGAUUGACAAAGAUCCGCUUUGCUGUAGUGCGAUUCACCAAUUACAGGAGAGCACUUCCACCAAUCAACGCGCGUGUUUUAUUAAAGUUCCAUCUUGAGUGUAUUUUUCUGUUUUAGAUUAAACAUACCAGCUGUAUUUGGGCAUCUGCAUGAAUAACUGUCAAAAUUUCUGCCAAAACGUUGGUUCGCUACGAUGAAAAGAAGAAUCUCGCUGUGGGCCAAUCCAUAGUUGAAUAUGUCAUUGGGUGGUUGUCUAGAAUGCAGAUGAAUCUUCAUACUAGCGUCGCUCUUGUUGCUUCUCUUUUACUGCAUUUCGGAUGUGCUUUGCCGGGAUUUGGGCUAUUUAGCCUUGCCGGGAAUGCUAUAGAAUCGCAUGGAAUUUUCCAGAAUGGGACGUUCAUUAUUGGUGGCUUAUUUCCCGUUCAUUUUCCAUCAAUGAACCACAGCAAACAGACUUUGUGCGCGGGUCCCUUUAAUGUUCGCGGUUACGAAGAGGCCUUAGCUAUGUUCCACGCGGUUGAAGAGAUUAACAAAAGACAGGACCUUCUUCCUGGCAUUUCCAUCGGUGUCGAUAUAAAAGACACUUGCAACAGCGUUGACUUCGCCAUAAGAAAGUCUCUCAAUUUCAGUUUCAUCGUUGAAAAUAUCCAGACGGGUGUCUGUCCCAGUGCGAAACCCCUGGGAACGCCGCAUCGAGCUCAGACUAUCGCACUUAUAGGCCCUGCUUCCAGCGACGUUGCCAUGGCAGUGACGAAUUUAGCUGGACUAUUCUACGUCCCCGUCGUAGAUUACCUUUCUUCCAGUCGUUUAUUAAGUAACCGUAUUCGAUUCAAGUACUUUUUACGAACUAUUGCCUCGGAUAGUCUGCUCUCGAGAGCUAUUGUUGAUCUUCUGCGUGUAUUUAGGUGGAACUUUAUCCACGUGCUGUAUUCAGAUACGGAUUACGGUAGAUCAGCAAUUGAGACUUUUGAGUAUGUACUCAAGCUUGCAAGCAAUAAUGUAAAGAUCUGCUUCGCAACUAAGGACUCAUUUACUUUUCACUCGCCCGAGAUGCACUUCAAAACAGUCCUAAGCAACAUCAGAAAAUUCCCACGCGCGAAAGCAGUUCUCUUAUUCACUACCAUACAAGACACGGAGGUCCUCUUGAACCAUUUUCACAGUGAAAACAUGAAUGACUCGUUCUUUAUUGCCUCUGAUUACUUCAGCGGACCUAUAAACCAAUUCUUCACUUCGCACGAAAUGCUGAGGCGAUUAAUAGGAGUUGUUCCUCACGUAAAGAAAGAGGACUUAGAGUAUUUUGCGGAGGUUAUAGACAACUUGAAUCGAACUCCUAAAUUUCGAGCCUCCCCGUGGAAUCAGGAAUACAGGGAUUUUCUAGCAGAGAGGUCUUCCACAGGAAGACCGCAUAUCCCCUCGCUUUAUGUGCCCUAUGCUAUGGAUGCGGUCUAUGCUGUGGCACAUGGUCUACACAAGAUGUUGAAUUGUAACCAUAGCGCCUGUCUAAGAGGGGGUCUUGGGCCUACUAACUUGAUCUGGUCCGGGGAUCGCUUACUUCAAAGUAUCCAAUCAGUGAGCUUCAAGGGAAGAACACGUGACAAAGUCGCUUUCGAUAGCAAUGGCAACGGGGUGGCCAAUUAUGACAUCAACAUCGUGAAUCCGCUGACAGAUGAAUGGGAGAGAGUAGGGACGUGGGCGUCUAAUUCUUCUGAUGUCUUGAAAAUGUACAAGAACUUGUCGCAUCUUACGCUGAAUACUAGCCGAGCCUUAGAGUUGUGGGGCGAGAUGUACAAUGGCACAGGGAUCCCGUCUAGUACAUGUGGCAGACAAUGUCCACCAGGACAUUGGCUGAAGGCGGAGGAGGAACAUCAGACGUGCUGCUGGCAGUGCUCUCGUUGUCAUGGAAACAGUAUAUCUAACUCCCCACCGAACGGCUCCUGCCAAGCCUGCCCUUCUCGCUACUGGGCCGACGAUAACCACACCCUGUGCCACCCAAUCACCCCUACCUCCGUCACCUUCCGUGACCCUCCCGCCGUCGUCGUCACCUUCAUAUCGACCAUCGGAUCAAUCACUGUUAUUUUUGUUGUCAUGGUGUUCUAUCGCCAUGGCAACACACCGCUGGUCCGGUCGUCGUCUCGCUUGCUCAGUCACGUUAUGUUGUUUGGGAUAAUCUUGGGCUAUGCUACAGCUGUUAUCAUUUUCGCUGCGAAGACGGAGGAGCUGUGUAGGACUGUGCUCUAUUUGUUUAGUGUUAGUUUUAGUAUUGUUGUGGGGACGUUACUUGUGAGAACGAACCGGAUUCAUCGGAUUUUCAGCAAAAAUGCUUUGCGUAAAGGUAAACCGCCCUGUCUUAGCGAUAGCUGGAUGCUUCUAUUCAUCGCUGUCAUCGUCGCCAUGGAGAUCGUAAUCUGCACUGUCAUUAUCCUUACCACCCCUGACGGUCUUCUCGAAACAAGCUACUCCCCCAUUAGCGGCUACGCCUUCUCGCAGUGCAAGUUCAACGCCACUUCUACAGAUUACCACAUGGCGGUAUGGUGGACAUACAAUGCCUGUAUCAUUCUGAUAUGUACAUAUCAGGCAUACUUGACCAGGAAAUUACCUGGAAAUUACAACGAGGCCCGAUUCAUUGCGUUUACGACAAUCACAAUCUCUACUGAUGUUCUUGUUUUCUUCUUCGCGUUUAAUGGCACUAGAGGAUAUUACAAAGAUGUCAUGGUCAGUUCCUUUCUUGUGCUUGCAGAUACUAUAACCAUUUCCUGCGUAUUUUUGCCCAAGUGUUAUAUCAUUUUGUUAAGACCGGAGAAGAAUAUUGUUUACGGCUCGGUUUUCAACCUUGGUACCAUUGAUGACGUCAAAAUUGGGGAAAACGAAAUGCGAAAAAUAAGUCGUGUGAGCCAGCGAUCAUGCACUUCAUACAUCAGUAGUUCUUCUGCCGAGAUUGGGAAAUUGGAACGUUCUAAGUAUUUUACCACAAGCGAAGACGGGGUUUCCGAGAAAAAACGUAAAAGUAGUCGUACGAGUCAGCGGUCUUGCGCCUCGAGCAUGAGCAGUUCGUCCGCAGAAAGCGGAAAAUUAGAACAACUCAAUUUGUUUGAUGGGAAGAGCAGGAAGCGCAAAAUAUCGGUUUUCGCAAGAAAUGGAUACGCGCUUGGCUCAGAAGCAGAUAACAGUAUAACGUUGAACGGCACCUCGCUGAAUGCUGAGCCAGCGCUUUUACAAUUCAGCAGCUUAACCUCUGGGCCAAAGUCCAGUAUGAAACCAGAACAUGAUAUUGAGCCCACGAUCGAAUUAGACAGCGGUGUUCCGGCACGCGUCAUGCACAGAAUGACGUCAGACAUGAGCUCGCGAAGUGUGCGCUUUGAGGAUGAAGUUGCUAGCGACCUAUCACGGGAUUUGAAUGAUGAUUUUGAUAAAGUUGUUGAAAAGCAAGAGAGCUAAGCUUAAGUAACGUGAUUGGGCAAUCAAUUAUGCCGUAUAAUUUUCUUGGACCAAACUUCAAAGGAAACCCAAACCAGCAAUUAGGUUAUUCGUCAAUCCCAUUACGUAUAAAAACUCUUAUGGUCCUUCUUAUAGAAAUAAUGCUUGAAAUAUUCGAUUCGAACAGUGUAUCAUUCCCACCUGUUUUAAAAAGUUUUUGGAAAUCGCCACAUAUCAAUAUUUGGGUGACCUUCAAACCCGCUCGGUCAAUCUCUGGGAGGCCUGGGUCUAAGGGCUUUUCAAGAUUAGUGAGAUAAAAAU